UUGAAAUCCUCUGCGCCUGAAUUCCCUGCACGGAUAGCCUAUAAGAGAACACAAAAAAGUAUACAUUCAAGCUAAUAGACAUCUACUUGCUCGCAAUAUUUAUGUAUUUGUUAUGUACUUGAGCAGAAACUGAUGAAAAGGCUCUGUUUGUGUCUUGUGUGUGGAAAUUGGUAGAGGCGUGCGUGUUGCCAGCCUUCUGCUCACCUACCUUCUUCGUCUUCUCUAUCUGUUUGGUUACCAGAGAGAAUUGGAAUUCCAAUUAUUGGCAAGAAUUCUUGGGCUCUACUGGAGGAAUUCCGCUUCUCACCGCUUGACAAUGCCUUCCCAAUUCAACUCUACAAAACCGAACUUGAAGCCUCACAGCAACAAGCCUCACGGGUGCUCUGUCUCUGUGUAGCCGUCUCUCUUUCUCUGUGCAUUGGGCGCAUUUCGGGUUGGUGCAAAUGAUGGCUUUGAAGGCUGCCCCAAUCUGGGCAUGCGCCAAAUAUUCUUGCACUCAACUGGGUUUUGCAGAUUUGGGAACCAGGCGUUCUGGGUCGGGUUCGAACCUUAGGUUCGAUCUUGACAAGAUUCGGAACUGGGAAUGUUGCGGGGGGGUUUUGACUAAAAGGGCAAAGACGCCUGUUGAAGAUGAGAAGCCAAUGGCACCUGGGCUUGAUGAUGCGCCUGUUGAGAAUGAUCAGACAAAUGUCACUGAAUCUAGAGGGUUUCACAGAGAUUUGAACUCUCUUCCAAGACCCUUGUCAACAACCGAUCCUUUUUGUUCUCCAAGUGAUGGUUCAAAAGUGCGUGUUGCUUAUCAGGGUGUACCAGGUGCAUAUAGUGAGGCUGCCGCACUCAAAGCAUACCCCAAGUGUGAGACUGUCCCAUGCGAUCAGAUUGAGGCUACAUUCAAGGCAGUUGAAUUGUGGCUAGUGGACAAGGCCGUACUUCCCAUCGAGAAUUCUGUAGAUGGAAGCAUCCAUCGCAAUUACGACCUGUUGCUUCGUCAUAGACUUCACAUAGUAGGGGAGGUACAGUUGUUUGUUAAUCAUUGCCUUUUGGGGUUGCAAGGAGUGAGAAAGGAGGAAAUAAAGCGUGUUUUGAGCCAUCCUCAGGCACUAGCCCAAUGUGAAAUGACACUGAACAAGUUAGGAGUUGUAAAAGUUAAUGCUGAUGAUACAGCCAGUGCUGCUCAGAUUGUAGCCUCUGAUGGGCUGAGAAAUACUGGAGCAGUUGCAAGCGCUCGAGCUGCAGAGAUCUAUGGACUUGACAUUCUUGCCAAAAGAGUACAGGAUGAUUGUGAUAAUAUUACUCGUUUUUUGAUACUUGCAAGAGAACCAAUAAUCCCAGGAACAGUCAGGCCCCAUAAGACGAGUAUUGUCUUCACCCUAAAAGAAGGCCCUGGGGUGCUAUUCAAAGCACUGGCAGUCUUUGCUUUGAGGGGCAUUAACUUGACAAAGAUUGAAAGCCGACCACAGAGAAAGGAUUCAUUGAGGGUGAUUGAUGACUCCAGCAAAGGCAGCGGAAACUGGUUGACUGUGUACGGGGGAGAACCUGGUUACUGCAAGGUCAUGGGAUUAAUUCACACUCCACAUGGAAGUGUCAGUUGUUGCUAUUCGAGGGGCCAUGGCCCCCACCUUUGGGCGGCAACUUAUCUGGUCCUGCUGUUGAGGCCGCAGUGGCUAGACCUGUGGUUUAUAGCGAGGGUGGGAUGCACCGGCCAAAGUUGUCUAAGAAGGCGGGGACCCUGAAACUCCACGAUUAAAAAAAAAAAAAAAAAAAAAAGAAGAAGAAGAAGAAAUAGCUGACUGCUAACCUCAUUCAAGGGAAAUUUUCAACACCAGUUGUGGCAUUGUUUUUAAAUUAGUAGAAGUGGAAAUGUGUAAUUCAUGAAAUAUGGCAGCUCAUUAUCUAGGUUGUAUUACGAGAUAUCAAAAACCAGUCAUUGUUGGGUAAUGCCAUUGUGGGUAUAUUUCGCAUACUUUCUAUCCCCAAUUAGACCAUUGACAACAAGUGUCUCUGUCGCUCUAUUGAUCAUUACCAAACUUAGAUACCACUAAUAAAAUCCCAUGUAGCAUCGAACCCUUGUCUCAAAAUUCAUUGUUCAUAUUCUGUUCCAUUUUUUGAACUAGAUAAGAUAUUCCAUGGAAAUGAAGGCUAGUCUGCUAUCUAUUCCUGAAAUUAUUGACUUCCAAUCUGGAACUUGACCAAUGAAUAUCUAUAUAAAAGGCCCAAUAGAACCAAGGAUAUCUCCUAUACCAGUAUUGGCCAGUUCGCAAUGGCAGGGGGUGAAGCAUAAAACUAUAAACGCACUUAUCAAGUACAUUCAUUGUUUUCUCAAUAAUAAACACACUUGGUAGGUGCAUUUAUUGUUUACAUCAAUAAGAGCGCUUGCCAACUGUCAAGUGCAUUUUUGUUUCAUCCUACAAACGCCCUUGCUUUGAUACCUUGUUUGUGUGGUAGCUGAUGGUGCGACAACCCCAAUACUAGAUUGUUAAUUAUUUUCAACUCAAUACUGUUUCAAUAACGUUUUUUUUUUUAAAUAAUACUAUUUAAAAAAAAAACUAAAAGGAAAGUUGAAUUUGGAACAAGCGUCGCUUGUUAUUUGGAGCUUGAGAAAUAUAAAUGGGGCGGUGAAUGCAUUCGAGUCUUUGCUUGUAUUUGCUAGCCUUGAUUUUUCCCCUGGAAAGCAGAUAUGAAUAAGAUGUUAUAUGAGUUUCCAUAUUUGAUUUAUGGAAGGCCAACAAGUUCUCUCAGAAGAUAUAUGUAGAGAUAGAUGGUAACUAGAGGCAUGGUGUUAAUAGCACUUUUGUACUGGUGACUAGUUAGUUUCUUUUGCUCAGCUCAAGUGACAAGUUUCUA